AUGAUGCAUCAUCAUCAGACACAACGACAUCGAGUCUCAUCAUCAAGAAACUCAACCACAUCUCCGAUCGCAACAAUGGCAUCUAACAGACCAAGUGAUGCACUUGAAACAUCUUUGAAUCAUGAUCACAUGGAGGAUGAACAUCAAGAAACUCCCGAAGAACGUAUCAACAAUAGAAUUAAAUCCAUUCUCAAAAAGUUACCCUCUAAGAAGGAGGAUAACCCAAUUAAAUUUAAAUCAUUCUAUGAAUGUAUCAAGGAUGUUAAAAUUAUUUCUGAUGUUCAAUAUGACACUCGGAGAAGAGAAGAUUCCAAAGAUGAGACCGAUACGACCACAUUCUUCUAUGACAAAAUGUUAGAAUGGGAUGAAUUGAAUUUAACGAAACAUUACAUUAUGUUUAGAAGCAAUGUUCAAAAUUUUGUUCGAACUCUUCCAGAAAUGCUUCAUCACAAGGAAAAGAUUUGUGAUAUUUUUAUUCAUCACUUGAGAAUUAAGGAUUCACUUGCAUUUCAACCUUUAUUAGAUCUCGUGACCAUCUUUGCCAAAGAUCUCAGACAAGAAUUCUAUCCAUUACUUCCUCGUCUAUUCUAUCCUAUUGUCUAUAACAUUUCAUCGACUAAUACUGAAUUGAAUGCUCUCAUUUUCAAAUGUUUAGCAUUUCUAUUUAAAUAUUUACAAAAAUAUAUUCUAAAAGACAUUUCUUUAUGGUUUGAAAAGUAUUCCAAGAUUCUUUCCCAUAAAAAGUGGUACAUUCGAAAAUUUGCAGCAGAAAGUUUUUCAUUUCUCAUUAACAAACUCUCAGAUUCUGAAUUGAAAGAAUAUGUGAGAAGAACAUUUGAAUUACUCAUUUCAAAACCCUCUCAAAAUAUGUAUGAUGGAACAAGUCAAAUGUUUUUUGAAGCCAUGAAAGGAGUACUUGGAAAUUAUCAUUCAAAAAUGUCAAGAUUAUUACCUCUCUUGUUUAGACAAUUGGAUUGGAAUGAACAUUCAACAGAUACUGUAAAGAAACAAUUAUCAGAUAUUGGAAAUAAGUUUACACUUGUUGAAAAGUGUUUAAUACUAUUAAGAGAUUAUUCAAAGAAUAAGCAAGUAGCAAAACAAGUUUGGGAUUUACUUGUUAAGGAAUUUGAAUAUUUAGUGAACAUUUGGAGUAGAGUUGAGUCGAAUCAUGAUGAUGGUAUUACUACUAGUAGUAGUGGUGGUGUUGAAAGUACAACUCGUACAACUUCUCUUGAUAAACUCUCUCUCCAAAUUGGACAUGUCCUUCAAUGGAUUCGAGUAUUCACCACGACCGUUGAACGUUGUGAUGAAGAAUCCAUUCUCAAACUAUUGAAAUGUAUCAAUCGCAAAGAAUUAAUCUCUGAAAUGCCACCACAAACAGCACAAGCAUUAUUUUCAUUCAUUACUGACAUUGUGGAUACCAUGCAGAGAUCUGAUUUGAUUGAAAAUUCUCACAAUUUACUCUAUAAUUGCUUCUUUGUUAAGGACAAACAAACUGUUUAUACUUUUUACAAAAAGUUAAUGACUAGUGUUGGUACUGAAGAAGAAUCCAAUACCAUUGUGAAAGAAUUUUUAAGAUUUGUGAAUAGCGAUAUUGAAGACAAUAUGGAAAGUACCAUUUCAUUCCUAUUGAAUUUUAUUCAUACAAAUUUAACCGAUGAACAUUCAUUCUUGGAAUAUUCACAACUCUCUGAAAAGAAUUCUAAAUUUGUUUCAGUCAUUCAACAGCAACUCUCAGAACGAUUGAAUCAUUUAAUGAAAAUGAAUCCAGAGGAAGUGAUGAAUUACUUUUCACAUCAUCAUUCACAUGCACUGAUCACUUGGGGAAUGCUCAAUGUUCUCUCAACCUAUGGAAAGAAAUCUGAACCAUACGCCAAACAAGUAUAUCAAAUGUGUAUGACAUUUUUGAAUCAAUUUAUUCCUCUUAUUGAAAAGACCAAAACAAUCCACAAUUGGCCAACUCCACAGAGAAUCCAUUCGACUAUGAUUCCUACUAGUUUGACUAGUUCAAUUCCAACAACAACAACAACGAUUACUACUACUCCUGCUACUAGUUCAACUCCAACGACUUUCAACUCUACAAGUGAAGGAAAAGACUUGACUAAAAAGGCAAAGAAAAUCAUUCAAUGUAUUCUCUCUCAAACAAUGAUUGUACUCAUUCAAGUCAUUCCAUACACCAAGAAUGCACUCUCUAAAUUGUUAGAAUCUUUUAUGAAUAUGGUCUGUAAAUUUGGAAGAGAUUCUCUUCAUGUGUUGAUGGCAUUUAAUUUAUAUUUAGAAAAAUUAAAACAAGAAGAAGAGAACCAUGCUGCCACCAAUACUACUACUAAGACUACCAAUACUUCCACCACUACUGCUACCAAUACCACUACUUCCAUCGAAGUCACUCACCCAUUCUCCAAUGCAAGAUUUAAACAAUUAGCAAAAGCAUUGAAAUAUAAUUUACAAAGCAAAUCAGAUAGAUUGAGAUUGGAAACUCUCAAACUUUUAACACAUUUUGAUCAAGAUGAAAUUCAAAAGGGAAUGACUUUGAAUAAGAUUGAAACUACAAAAUGUGUCAUUUUAGAAUAUUUGAAAGAUUCAGAAGAGUGUGGAUUUGAUUUUGAUCAAUCUCGAACUCGAGUAGUUUUAUUAGAAAAGGCAAAUGAAUAUUUAAAGAGAUAUCAUUCAUCCAUUCCUCAAUUAUACAAAUCUCUACUUUCUCAUUACGUAUUUGGUGCUUACUAUACCAAAUAUAGUAUUGUGUGGGAACCAGCUCAUCAUUUGGCACAAAGUGUGAGUCGAAUGAAUUUCACUGAAUUUUGGGAAUUACUCAUUUCAAAUCUAUUACAUGCCUAUGAUAAAUAUGGACAGAAUAGAAAAUCUUGGCAAUCUGAGAAAUCCAUGAUUUAUCGAUCUAAAAAACAUUCUUCUGAUCAAUAUACCAUUAAUUUUGAAACUUAUUCAAGAAAUGUAAAGAAAAUUGAAAAGAUUUCAGAUAUUGAAACAAUAUUUGAUCAAGUCAUGAAAGAUGACUCGAAAGAACACACUCAUUAUGAAACCUAUCUUCCAAUGAUAUUCAAAGAUUUUUCAAAUUGUGCCAAAGACAAUGUUUCUCAUUGCCAAUCCGAUAUUAUCAAAGUAUUUCAUGCAUUCUAUGAAAAUGAAUUUAAAGAUCAUGAUGUUGAGAAUGUAGUGAUGAAUUUCCCAUCGAGAAAUCCAAUGACUGAACGAUUAGAAACACUCAUUGCUCUCAUUUCAGAAUUCAAAUCUGAUUUUUAUUCGAGUUCACAUGAAGAAUGUGUGAAAAUUAGACAAGUUCUUUUUCGAUUAUUCUCCACAAGUACUCCAUCCAUUCAAUCUCUUGUAUUGAAAUGUCUCUCCAAAUUUGAAAAUUUACCUUAUUUAACUCAUAGUGUGGUGAGAUGUCUUUCCAAAGUGAUUAAUUCCAAUCGAAGUGUUCAAGCUCUCUCUAAAUUGAAUUUCACACUUCCAACUCAUGUUCCAGAGCAUUAUCAAUCUGAUUAUGUGAACAUGUUGUUGAAAGUUAUUGAACCUUAUCUAUUAAUGUAUGACAUGCCAAAGAAGAAGGGAAAGAGUGGAAAGGAUAAGGUCAUUAAAAAGUGGAAAACUCGUGUGCAUCAAGUGAUUGAAUUUUUAGGAGAAUUACCACCAAAUGUAUUGAAAUAUUUCAUUGAUUCACUUUUUACAAGAUUUAAGAAUAAGGAUGAAGGUCAUUUUUCAGAGGAUUUGCUAAAAACAAAUACAUUCCAAUUGAGAUGGUUGUUGGAUAUCAUUGAAGAAAUUCUCACCUGUAUGACUGGAAAUUAUCAUUAUUUUUAUAAUGAAGUGUUAGAAUUACUUGUCACAAUUAUUGAAAUGAGAAUUGAGGUACAAGAGGUGGAAGUGGAGGAAGAUGAGGAUGAUGAAGAUCAAGAAGAAGAGGAAGAGAAUUCAAAAGACAAGAAAAAGACUCCCAUUCAUGAUAAAGAGAGUCAUGAUCACAAUAGGAUGAAAUCAACUUCUACUGAGAAUAACAAGAUGGAUAUUGAUGAUGAUGAGAAUGCCAUGCUUGAUGAAGAAAAUUUCGAGAAUGAAAGUUCUAAAGAGGAAGAGGAGGAAUCCAUGACUACCAAUGAUGAUGAUGAAGAAGAAGAAGAGGAGUCUCUCGAGAAGGAAACUUCACAAGAAGAUUCUCUUGGACCAAAUUCAAACAAGGAACAUUCCAUUGGAGCAAAUUCAAAUAACAAAAAAGAUUCCAUUGGAACACAACAUUCUCAAUCCUCUCUCCUCUACCUGAAUCAAUCCUCUCAAUUCAAAUCCUCCAAACAAAAAGUAUCUCUCACACUCACAUUCAGAAGAGCAGUUGAUUUAUUGACUCUAUUCUUUGAGAGAAAACAAGAAUAUGAAUUCUCUGUCAAUUUCACCAAUCAUGUUGUCUCUAUUUUCACAAAUUUCUUCAACAAGAUUCAUGAUAAGAAGAAUAUUGUGAUUGAAGAAUUACCAGCCUAUUUUAGUAUUAUUUAUUCAUGGUUCGAUAUUCCUAAAUUAUACUAUUUAAUCAAAUACUAUGAAAAGGAAUUAAUUUACAAAUUUAUAGAAUUAAUUGAUGAAUAUAAUGUAUCACCACAAGUCUUUCACACUUGUCUCAACAUUUUAGAAAAGAUGAUCAACCAUCGAGAUGAAAUAUUCAUGAAUUUGAAUGUAAAGAAUUUUCCAACCAUUUCCACAGACAUUGAAAAUGGACUCACCAUUGGCACUAAAAUAUUUGAACCUCCAUUAGUGAAUCGAAUUUUGAAUGCAUUCCAUCAUUUGUAUCAUGAACCAGUGAAUUCAAGAAAUUCCUAUAACAGAAGAUGUUUCAAAAUUAUUGACAAAUUGAAGGCAUACUUUGAUGAAUCAUCACCUGCUGAUAUUAUUCUCAAUUUUUAUGGUGGAUCGAUUCGAGAUGGUGUAACACUUGAAGAAGAUGAAGCACAUGUCUUGUUACAUCUCUUUAAAAAGUAUCUUUUAUAUUCCAGUGAAGAAGUGAAAAGAACUUAUAUCAUUUACUUUUCUAAAAUGUUUAUUAACAAUAGUGAAACUAUAUUUAGAAGAUCACUUUGUGAAAUUAUUGAACAAUUAGCUCAUGGAUUUAAUAUGAGUGAAACAUUGAAAUUCACUUCAAGAAUUAUUAAUGGUUUAAAUGCUCAAGAAGAUUCUCAUCUCACUCAAAUGGACUCUUCCAGUCGUGUGAAAAUAUUUAAUGAAAUUUUAGAUCGAAAGUCAUACAUUCAAUCACAAUUAGGAGAAAUUGAAUUGUAUCCCAUUGUUGGUAAUUUACUCUUCUUUUUGAAUCAUAAGGAAUGGAUUCUUAGAGAUGGAGCAUGUAAAGCACUCACUCAUGUUCUCAUUGAUGCCAUUGUGAUGGGAAGAAGAAAUUGUUCGACCAGUCUUGUUCAAGAAAUUGGUGGAAAAAAGGAUUCAAAUGUUUUACCAUUUUCAGAAAUUUCAAAAACACUUCUCUUCUAUGUGAAGAGAGGAGCAUUUUCUUCUAAAUUAUUAGAUCGAAAUGAAAUGAUGAUUGUCUUUGCCAAAUUAGUGGACUGUAUGGAUGAAUUGAAAGAUGCAAAACCAUUUUCAAAUGCUUUGAAUUUAAUCUCUGAUCAGAAUAUGAAUAAGAAAUUACAAGGAGUUCAAAUGAUUUGUUCAUUAAUUACUCCCUUAGAAUCAUGUUCCAUUCCACAAUCAUGUAUUUAUGAGAUUGUUGCUCCACUUGUUUAUGAAUUAAUGGUCAUUGAUGAUUCGAAUAUUCAAGAAAUGAUUCGAGGUCUCUCUGUCUAUCUUGUUACACAUAUGGAUUGGAAUUAUUCACAUUCCAUUCUCAAUCAAUUUGUAACCAUGAUGGGUGGAUAUGAAGAUGAACAACCACAGGAUGAACAAGAGAAUGAACAGAAAGAGGAUGAGAAUGAACAACAACAAGAUGAACAACAAGAUGAACAUGUACAAUUAGAUCAUUCACUACAAAAAUUCUCUUCUUCUCAAUCCAAAGGCAAGCGAAUGAAAAGAUACUUUUUAAGAGAUUUUGUUCCCAAAGUUACCAAAUUCUUAUGGGAUAAGAAGAUGGAAAUUUAUGUCAUGCGUAUGCAAGUGUGUUUCUUAAUUAUUAAGGUAUUAAGAAGAUGUGAUAAAAGACAAUUAGAUGCUCAACUCUCUAAAAUGGUAUUAGACGUAUUAGGAAAAUUGAAGAGCAAAGAUGAAGAACAACAAAAUGUUGCUGGAAAGGCACUCAUUGACAUGUUCAAAGAAUUGGGAUCAAGUUACUUUAAUUUCAUGUUAGAAAAGAUGAAAUCUGUUCUCUCUGAAGAAGGUUAUCAAACAGAUACUUUAUAUAUUGUAUUGGAAAAUUUAUUGAAAGUCAUGUCCUAUCAAAUGAUGACUACUACUAGUAGUAAUCAAAAGAGUAAUCCUAUUCAUAAUACUACUAGUAAUAUAAAUAAUAAUAAUAAUACUAGUAGUAGUAGUAGUAGUAGUAGUAGUACAACUCACACUCCUCCCAUCAUCAUGUCCACACAAACCAUUCACAAUGUCAAUGUUAUUCUAUUGAGUGAAAUUAAUUAUCCACCUUUGAAAACCUACAAGAAACGAAAAGUCUCUCGAUUUGAUACUGAAAAACUUGAAGAGAUGGAAGACAAUUCAGAACAACAACCAAAUUCCAAACAUUUCAAAUCCAAACAUCAAAAUACUCUCUUCAAUUGUUUUGAAUUACUUGGAUCUAUUAUUGAUAUCAAACGUUGUCUCAGUACCAUUAUUGAAGAUAUUCAUUUCAAACUUCGACGAGUACAUAAUGCAGAGAUUUUAAAGAGAUUUGAAUUUGUAUUGAAAUUCCUUCUCAAAGGUAUUAUGAGAAAUCGAACAUUGAGAGAUCAUUCUGAAGUGUCAGUCAGUAGUGGUUAUAGUGGUACUAAUAGUAGUGGCAGUAGUGGUACUAAUAGUAGUGUCAACAAUUUGAGUGACAAUAAGUAUACUCCAAUCAAUGCCAUGGAUUGUAUCAUUCAAGCAUUGAAUCAAUAUCGUCUCUAUAAGAAAACUUUCAAAUCUCUCACCGACAAUAAUCGUUAUCACUCUGUGAAAAUGACUAAAAAUAGACUUGAAGAGAAUUUCCUAGUUCAAAAAGAACCAGGACGACAAGGUGCCAUCGAUCAAGCAGAUGAUAUGAAAAUGAGAUUACUCGCUGGUCUCAUUGAUAAUUCUCAUAUUAUUGUUCAAUUCUAUUUGAAAUUCUUUGAAAAGUGUAUGAAAACUGGAAAGAUUCAUUUAGAGCAACACAUUUCAUCGAUUGAUAGUGUCAUUCCAUUACUCAUCAAAUAUGUGAGUGGAAAUCAUUUAUCAGUUGCAUUGGUAGCAUUUAGAAUAUUAAUCGAAUGUGCAAAAAGACUUCCAAAAGCAUUUAAAUCUUUGAAUGAGAACAAACAAAUGUUAUUAGAUGCAACAUUUGAUAUAUUAACCAAUUCAGGAAUUGAUUCUACCAAUACAGAGACAUGGGAAACUAUUUUCACUGGAUUGAAAUACUUUUUACAAAGUGAUGUUUCACAAAAAUUCCCAUUAACAAGUGGACAAUUAGACAUUUUAUUAGACAUGUUGAAAAUUGAAAUCUCUUCAACAAGAAAAACCUAUUCCAUUCAAACCUUCCAAGUUCUCAAGACUCUGAUUGAUCGAAAGAUUCAAUCUCCACAAAUUUAUGAUUUAAUGGACAAGUCUAAAACAAUUCUAUUGACAACAUUGAAUGUUGAAAUUCGAACACUCAUUGUUGAAAUGUUAGUGAACUUUUAUUUGAACUAUCCAUUCACAAAUGAAGUGUUACAAGAGAAACUCAAUUAUCUCUUCAAGAAUGUAUUGAAUGAACACAUGUCACAAGAAUCAAAAUCAGCCAUUUUGAGUGUCAUUCAAACCAUUGUUAAGAAAUUCCCAAAUUCAUUUUUAAAUGAUAAGACUGAAUUGGUUUAUUAUCCACUUAUUUUGGAAUUAGAAAAACAAUGCAAGAAGAGAGGACUCUCCGGUGAAAAUCAAUCCAUUUCACAAAUCAUUCAACAAUUAAGAGAAAUUCUUCAACACUUUGUCAAAGUAUUGAAUGAUGAAAACUUUUCAAGAAUUAUUUCAAUCACUGUUACAUGGUUAACUUCACAAGACAAGUUGAAAGGUGUUGCAUUGAAUUCCAUUCUUGUACUCUCUCAAGUGAGCAAUGGAACUCGAUUGAAAUCAAAGAGUGAAUUUUAUCAAGUCAUGUUACCAGAAAUUACUCAUGUGAUUGAACAUGGUGAACAAUAUAUUGAGAAACACUCUUCUCUCUUGUUAGAAUGUUUGGAAUGUAUUUAUAGUUUGUUUAACAAUUCUCUAAUUGGAAUGACUCAAUUGGAUGAGAUUUAUGAAUUUUUGUUGAAUUUAAUUUGCAGCAAUCAUGAAGCAAUGAAGAAUGAAGUGAGAGUUGAAUCUUUGAGAAUCUUUGAAUUAUAUGUAUCAAAGAAGAAGAAGAAAUUGAGAGAAUCCAAGAUUUUGAAUGAUAUUCCAUCUCUUGAAAAGAUGAUUUUCAAUAUUUGUAAUUUAUUUAGAGCUCGAUUUAUUUGUGAUGAUUCUGGAGUGGUUGUUAUUGUGAAAGUAUUUAUUUAUAUCUUUGGAUUGUUAUUGCAACAAAGUAUGGAGAGUAGCAACACUCAUUCGCAAGAUAUUCUUCAUCGCGUGUUCAAACUCUUGAAAAAGAUUUCCAAUCAAUCGGAAGAUUAUGACACGAAUGAGACCAUGACCUUUAGAAGACAUACUCUAUUGAAAUUAUUUGUUGGAUUAUGUGCUAAAUAUCAAGAUCGAAUGCAACCCUAUCUCAUUUACAUGACUCCUCUCUUGUAUCGAUGUAUUGAAUUUCCAAAUAGAGACAAGGCAGUGGUAACGGAUGAAUUGGAAAGGUUUGCCAAGGAGUGUAAACAAUUAAUGAUUCAAUAUACUACGAGUACUAUUAUUACCAAUUGUAAUGCAUCGAAUACCACCACCACCACCACCACCACUACUACUACUACCACCAAUACAGCAUUCACUCAAGCCUAUGAACAAGGUCGAAAAGAAGUGGAACAAAAGAGUUCAAAGAAGAGUAUUCUUCGAGAACAAAAAGUACUCCUUUCACCCACUCAAUUCGCUAAAAAGAGAUUGGAGAGUAAUUUGAAAAAGAAUAUGGCAAAGAAGAGAAAAUUGAAGGAACAAUCACAAGAGGCAACUGUUCAGGUGAAUGCAGCAGUGAGUGGACAAGUGAAAAAGAAGAAGUUGAAAUAA